CGGGUUUCACUCAGGUCGGGCUCAGUGCUAUAUAUACCCGUGCCGUUGUUCCCGCAGCUUCAUUCCUUUUUUCUUCGUCAGAGAGGCAGAGACUCGCUCAGCAGAGAUGUCUGGUCGCGGAAAGGGUGGCAAAGGCCUUGGAAAGGGAGGCGCCAAGCGGCACCGCAAAGUGCUUCGCGAUAACAUCCAGGGCAUCACCAAGCCUGCUAUCCGCCGCUUGGCUCGCCGCGGAGGCGUGAAGCGUAUUUCUGGCUUGAUCUACGAAGAGACCCGAGGCGUCCUCAAAGUCUUCCUGGAGAACGUGAUUCGCGAUGCUGUGACCUACACCGAGCACGCAAAGAGGAAGACCGUGACUGCCAUGGACGUCGUCUACGCUCUGAAGCGCCAGGGUCGUACUCUGUACGGUUUUGGUGGCUAAACUUUUCAAAACCCUUCAUAUACUUAACCCAAAAGGCCCUUAUAAGGGCCACCCACGCUUUCAUAAAAAGAGCCGCGCUCGCUUGUAUCUUAAAAAAGCAA